UUGUCUUCUUAUAAUGUCGAAAGCAGUUCGGUAGUGUGUGAUGUUGUCCGGUUUCUACUAUAAGUAAGAUUUUAAUUUGGAAAUUUCAUCGAAAUGUGAUUAAACAAAGACAAUUCGGUCGCAAAAAAACAUUUCACAUAUCGUGACGGUUUGAUUAGUGUAAUUGGUUAAACGGACGGUGUUUUAGUUUUCGUAAAAACUUCAUUUCAAGUGCAACUGUGUAACAAUAAAAAAGUUCAUUUUGGUUGGAUUUGGUUUUCCAUUUAAAAUUUUUUUUAUUGUAUUGGAUACGUCAAAAUGGCGCACCAAAUAGCCCCGUCUGUGAAUUGUUCACUUGAUGAAAUUGAUUUGAAUGCAUUAAAGGAUCCGGCUGGUAUAUUUGAAUUAAUUGAAGUGGUUGGAAAUGGUACAUAUGGACAAGUAUAUAAGGGUCGUCACACAAAAACCGGCCAAUUGGCUGCCAUCAAAGUCAUGGACGUCACCGAAGACGAAGAGGAGGAAAUAAAAUUAGAAAUAAAUGUUUUAAAGAAAUACUCAAAUCACCGCAACAUAGCCACGUAUUACGGUGCGUUCAUAAAGAAAUCGUCGCCGGGCAAAGAUGAUCAAUUAUGGUUGGUGAUGGAAUACUGUGGAGCUGGCUCGGUGACCGAUUUGGUUAAAUCAACGAAGGGCCAAAGUUUGAAGGAAGAGUGGAUCGCGUAUAUUUGCCGUGAAAUAUUGCGUGGAUUGAGCUACUUGCACACAUGUAAAGUGAUUCAUCGUGACAUUAAGGGACAAAACGUUUUACUGACUGAUAAUGCGGAAGUGAAAUUGGUUGAUUUUGGAGUGUCGGCUCAAUUAGAUCGAACGAUAGGUCGGCGCAACACAUUCAUUGGUACACCAUACUGGAUGGCACCGGAAGUAAUCGCAUGUGACGAAAAUGCUGAAGCCACUUACGACAAUCGAUCUGAUUUGUGGUCACUUGGCAUAACAGCAUUAGAAAUGGCUGAAUCGCAACCGCCGUUAUGUGAUUUACAUCCGAUGAGAGCUCUCUUUCUUAUUCCCAGGAAUGCACCACCAAGACUUAAGUCGAAGAAGUGGUCAAAGAAAUUUCACGGUUUUAUUGACACUGUUCUUGUGAAAGAUUAUCAUCAGAGGCCUUACACUGAACAACUUUUAAAACACAAUUUUAUCAAAGAACAACCAACAGAACGACAAGUUAGGAUUCAAUUAAAAGAUCAUAUCGAUAGAUGUAAGAAACGAAAACAAGAAAAAGAACGAGAAGACUAUCGCUACUCUGGAUCCGAUAACGAUGACGAAGAGCCGCAAAUCGCUGGUGAACCAUCUUCAAUCAUUCAACAGCCGGGCGGUGACACGUUACGUCGCAAUUUCCAACAAAUUCAGGAAGGUCGAACAUUGUCACAAAAUGUCGAACAGGCGGCUGCCAAUCGAAAUCAUAAAUCGCAACAGCCUCAGCCGCAACAGCAGCAACAACAGCGUGAAAAGGUGCAACCCGUCGAAGAGCCGGGACCACCGUCACGUCCGGCUCUACCGCAUCGUUUGAUCGUUGUGCCCGAUCCGCCACAACACGCCAAUCGACCGUUGCCGCCGACACCAAAAUCGGCAGCAGCAGCACCGCAACAACCACCACGGAAUUCACAAAACGCUUUCAAACCAUCGCUGCCUCCACGGAGACCUGAGGAUUUGGACAUGUUAGCCGCACAACUAAAUGAAUUGGCCAUCUCUCAACAGCCGCAAGCUCAACCGGAGGCACCGCCACGAAACAAUCGUCAAGCAUCGGCGAACUCAUCAUCAGGUAAACCAGCCGCUGCACCACCCAACAAUCAUCAACCGAUCAACCCGUUGGAUCCCAUUGAAAGUUCGGACACAGACAGCGAACCGGAGGAACCGAAUGAACGUGGUAGAAAUGAUGGUACAUUACUGGCUAGUGAUCCACCCAAGCCACUUCCUGAAUUUUCAUAUAGGCCCGGCCUGAGCGUACUGUCGGAGGAUGCGAUUACAAACAACUCGAAUUCGGCACCGACCCAUGGCGCUGGUGGACCACCGAAUCGGCCAUUACCGCCAACGCCAGAUGAUGACGAUCAGGGUGAUCGAACGCUCAUAAUGAAACGAAAACUUGAAAAUCAAUCAUCAUCAUUGUCAACAUCAACAUCGUCCACAACAACUACCACAUCCGAAAAUGACGACGCAGUGCUGCUCCGUGACUGGGAAUUCGACCGUUUCUUCCCGACUAAUUCAAAUCGAAACUCACAAAAUCUACAAGAUGUACCACAUCUAAACAAUACGAACAACAAUGCGAACAAAUCAUCGCCGGCUUUUCGCGAAAAAAGCAAAAACGAUGACUACAACAAUAAGUUGAAAUUGGAAGAUCGCGUCAAAAGCGAAAUCUUUGCCAACAAUUCCAAAGCGAACAAUUCAUUUUUGAACAAUCUGAAGUCGAACAACAAAUCAACCGAUGCGAAAGGUCACAAACGGCAGGACAGUGAUUCGAAAAUAUCACUGAACUUUGUGCGCGGCUUUCGACGGGAGAAUUCCGAUUUCUUUCCACUGUCCAAGCGUCACUCGGCUAUUUUGGGUGAACGUACACCGAAUCCGUCCAUCAAUGUGAAUCCGGCACCACAACGUUCCAGUGCAAUAUUCCAGCGAAAUAAAUCGAAAGGAGAGCCUAUUCUGACUGAUUUUGUAUCAACUAGUCGAGACUUUACGAGUGAAACGCCAGCAGCAAAUAGCACCGCCAGCAAUACGUCAACAUCGACGGGAUCGAAUCGGGCAUUCGAUUUUCUGAGACCGAGACGAGAGAAGACGGAAUCGGUUAUUUUGGUUAGAAAUUCAGCGACUAGACAACUAUUGUUAGAGAAACUGCAGCAGAAUCGCGGCGAAAGUAGCGGUACACCCGGAACGAGAACGAGCAACGUGCUGCCAGAUCUACUUAGUCAAGCAUCGCCAGCAACACCACCGCGGCAUGAUAAGUCAUCUAGUGAAGAGUAUCGAGCCGCCGUCAGCUCAUCCGUUCAUUCCACUCCGUCCAAAUCGUUUAUCAAUCCCAAUUCCUCUCCCCAAUCCACCACCUCCAAUUCCUCGUCGUCUCGCCACAACAGUCCCAAUCAAUCAAUGAACAAAAGCAAUCACUCACAACCGCCUCUAUUACCUCCCCAUGCAUACGCACUACAACAGAAGCAGAGAAGUUUCCUAACAUUCGGUUUCGGUGCUGGCGGUUCGGGACCAUCGCGUCGCGAAAGUCAUGUUAACGUUAACGUAACACCGACAUCGCACGAUGCGUCCAGUGAUACGCCGGAGAUUCGAAAAUACAAGAAACGCUUCAAUUCGGAAAUCUUGUGCGCUGCACUGUGGGGCGUCAAUCUGUUGAUUGGUACGGAAAAUGGACUGAUGCUGUUGGAUCGAUCGGGACAAGGAAAAGUCUAUCAACUGAUCUCAAGACGUCGAUUCCAGCAAAUGGAAGUCUUAGAAGGCCAAAAUAUUCUUGUCACAAUUUCGGGAAAGAAGAACCGUGUUCGAGUGUACUAUUUGUCCUGGUUGAAAUCAAAGAUUCUGCGGACAGAUGGCUUAUCAGAUCAAGUGGAACGUCGCAACGGUUGGAUAAAUGUUGGUGAUCUCCAAGGUGCUGUACACUUUAAAAUCGUCAAAUACGAACGAAUCAAGUUUUUGGUGAUAGCAUUGAAAGACUCCAUUGAAAUCUAUGCCUGGGCACCGAAACCCUAUCACAAGUUUAUGGCAUUUAAGAGUUUCGGUGAACUGGAUCAUCGACCACUCUUAGUAGAUCUGACGAUUGAGGAUCAAUCAAGACUUAAAGUAAUUUACGGUUCAGCCGAAGGUUUCCAUGCCGUGGAUUUAGACUCGGCUACUGUCUACGAUAUUUAUCUUCCUAAACAUACUCAGGGUCCAAUUAUUCCGCACUGCAUUGUGGCACUACCGAAUUCGAACGGUAUGCAAUUGCUUCUUUGUUAUGACAACGAAGGAGUAUACGUGAAUACAAUCGGCAGGGUGUCCAAGAAUAUAGUCUUGCAGUGGGGAGAAAUGCCUACAUCCGUAGCAUACAUUGGAACUGGCCAGAUAAUGGGCUGGGGUAACAAAGCAAUAGAGAUUCGUUCCGUUGAAACUGGCCAUUUAGACGGUGUGUUUAUGCACAAAAAAGCGCAACGUCUAAAAUUCCUGUGCGAACGUAACGACAAGGUAUUCUUCAGCAGUGCCAAAGGUGCUUCAUCAUGUCAAAUCUACUUUAUGACACUCAACAAACCAGGAAUGGCCAAUUGGUAGACGGGAUCCAUGUCGCGUGUGUGUUUUCUUUCCCAACAGUUUUCACAUUCGGAUUGAGAUCGCAAAAUAUGGAUAAAGCGAGUGUGGUUGAAGUCAGAAAAAGAGAUGGAAAAUUGUGAAAGAAAUUCUUUUUGUUUUAUUAUACGCAGGCAGAUGACACCAUAUUAUAGUCGUAUUUAUAAUCUAGCUAAUAAGAAGAAAAAAAGUAUUUUACAAAAUUAACCUCCACCUACAAAGCAAUCAAAUUCAUAGAAAAUUAAAUUCUCUCGGAGAUUGAAGUGUUUUUUUCCAUUAUAUUGUGUGCUUUGUGUUUGAACGGUAUUUUAAUGCGGCAAUGAACAACGAAAGAAAAAGAAUGAGCAAUAGCGCAGACCUAUGGUUUAUUGAACGGCAUUUUCCGUUUUCGGUAUGACAUGCAUGCAGGGAGAUUAUUUUUCGUUUGUUUUUUUUUUCGGCUGAAGUCUUAGGACACAAAACAAUUUACAACUUUUGCACACAAUGAAUGUUUUGAGCAUCAAGGGAGGGUUGUCGCGCGGUUUUGGACAUGACCGAAAAGUUCAAGUUCUUUUGGGUCACAGGGAGAACCGUUGUCUGUGCAAUACGAAAGUUCCUUCCUGUUAGAAUUCUUGUGGCGAAGUUCAUACAUUUUCCAGUCGCAUAACUCCGAUGGAUUCGUUUAAAUUUCGACUUUCGAAAGAGACCAAAUCGGCCCAAUUUUUAAUGGGGUGCUAUCGAUUUGCCUGUGUCAGGUUGUGUUUCCACGCUCGGUACAUUUUCCCAACGUCAUCGCACCAAACUGCCACUUACAGAUAUUUGCUAAAAGCUAAGAUCCUCCACAUUAAGAAACAACAAUAAUCGGAAUACUAGCCUUCGUUAGUGAGUUCACAGCCCAUGUCAAAGUUCUGCAAGAUUCAUUUUAAAUUACUUAUAUUGGAUAGUCCAAUAUCUUCUGAUUGAAAUAAGAGAAUUGAGCUCAUCCCUUUAAAUUUGCGAUAACUCAAUUAUUUACUUACCUACGACCUUUCCCGGCGUCAUAUGACUCCGAGCCAUUUCUGUACUGAGGCAUUAUAUCAAUUAUCUCAUUUCUGGAGCGGCCAGUUCCUUGAUUUUCCAAAUGUUGCAACGCUCAAUCUUCGAGUUUAAGUCUGUCCAAAUGUCGAUCGACGCUAUGUGUUUCUUGGACAUUAUUUCUUACUGUCUCCUUUACAGUUGUUAUGCAAGAGUUAUACAAAAAACUGUACAUGGAGUCUUAGAAUUAUUUCGUAGACGGCAAGAUGUUCGGCACUUUAAUUGUUGUAUUGGUGAUGCCCUAGAAAGUUCUUCAUUGCGAGUGAACAUUUAAAUUUCGACCGGUUGGUAGAUGAACGAAUUUAAUUUGAUGUGAAACCGACUGACGUGUGUUGAGAGGUUAAAAAUAUUUUCUUUUAUUUUUUCUGUUUGUUAUUUGAAUUUUUUUAAUUAUAAAUUCUUUUUUAUGAGAAAAAAAAUAUUUUAUUGUUCAAUGGAUGAACAGAAGUGAGUUUAUUUGUUGGAUUUAUACUUUUUUUUGUUUUACUUUGGUGGCACACACACACUCCCAUACACACAUAAAUAUAUAUACAACACAUAAGAAAGAGUUUUAUAAAAAACAAAGAAAAAGGAAAAGAAGAAAGAAGAAAAAAAAAAUGAAAUUUAAAAUGAGAAAUCGUUUGUAGUCACAAAUUUAAAAUGGGAAAAAAAUUAUUCAAAGCAAAGCAAAGAAAAAAAAAAUUAUGAUAAACAAACGCACAUCCAUUGAUUUUAUCUUAAAGUGUAAAUUUAAGAUGUAUACCCAAACAAAGUCAUCAAAAAUAAAAAGGACGAAAAAAAAACAAUAAAAGUUUAAAUGAGAAAAAAAAGAGAAAGAAUUAAAACAAAAACUUACAGACAAAA